AUGAAUAAUUUAAUUAGAAAAGUUGUAAGAUAUACUAUAAAUAAUAAUAGGCAAUUUAUUGUACGUUUUUGUUCUUCAUCUUCUCCUAAACUAAGUCCCCGUCUUUCAAUUUAUUAUACUUGUAAAGUUUGUAAUCAUAAACAGGGACCAAAAGAAUUUUCUAAAAAUUCAUACGAAAAAGGUGUUGUUAUAGUAACUUGUGAAUCUUGUUCAAAUCAUCAUAUAAUAGCUGAUAAUCUUAAUUGGUUUAGUGAUCUUAACGGAAAGAAAAAUAUUGAAGAAAUUUUAAAAGAAAAAGGUGAAAUUGUUAAAAAAGGAAUUGAAUAUAAAUCAUUUCAAAUACCAUUAUAUUCUAAUCAUAUUCCUUUAAAUUAUCUUCAAAAAUUUAUUCUUGCUGGAGGGUCUUCUGCUACAGCAAUAACAAACCCACGAAGAGGUGAUAUGGUAGCAGCUAUGGGAGAGGUUACUGCUAUUCCAACAAUUUUAAAAAAAAUUUACACACGAAUGGAGAAUGAUGUUGAGGGAAAAAUAAUUUUAGAAAAAAAACCUAGAGUUAAUGAAUUUACAGUUAAUCGAGAAUAUUUACGUUCACUACCAGAUGGAACUUUUGGAAGAGAAUAUGAAAGAUUUCUUGAAAACUUAAAGACUAGUCCUGAUAAUCGUCCUCCUGUAAAAUAUAUUGAUGAUGUAGAAUUAUUAUAUGUAAUGCAAAGAUAUCGUGAAACUCAUGAUUUUACUCAUACAAUACUUGAAAUGAAACCAAAUAUGCUUGGUGAAGUAACUGUUAAAUAUUUUGAGGCAAUUCAAUUAGGCUUACCAAUGUGUAUAUCGGCAGCAAUUUUCGGCAGUGCUCGGCUUGGUCCAAAACACCGUCAGUUAUUCACUACUUCUUACUUACCAUGGAUAGUUGAGACAGCAAUUAAUUGCCGACUAUUCAUUGCUUUGGAUUGGGAAUCACGUUUUCAUCAUCCUAUAUGUAAUAUUCAAAAAGAAUUAGGAAUUCGUUCAUUUUCUCUAAAUAAAUAA